AUGGAUGAAGAAUUGGUUAAUGAGAGAAUUCAAUUAGAGGCUUCUGAGGAUUCACAGCCCCAGACCAAAGAGGAUGAUGUGUAUUCACCGAAAAUAGAUAGCCGAAAACUUGUAAAAUCACAACAACCACUGGAAUAUAAUGCUAUUCUGCAAGGUAAAAAUGUAGUUGAGGCUGUUAGUGAAGCGGCUACGUCGCAGCAUCCUUAUGCGAUGGUUGAGGAACUAACGGUAAAAAGUUACAACGGUUCGAGCUUUGAUAUUGGUACAUCAAAUAGUCAAGUGCAAAUGAUUAAUAAUCAACAGAAACAUUGGCAGAAUCUUUAUCAGAUGACAAAUAAUUCUGGAAAUGGAAAUUCAUUAAGUGAUAUUGGGUUGAUAAGUAGUGGCCAGGCUACAUCUAGUGCUUGGGAAGAUAUUGGAUCCACAUCUUUUCCGGAGUUAUUAGCUAGAAAAUCACAUAGUGAUGGUCAGAGCAAUGUCAUUGAACACUUGGCAGCUGCUGAGAGUAAAGAGGGUGCAGGUGAUGUUCAUCGAGGAAUGCGGACAAAAGUAUUAUCCAAAUCAGGGUUUGCCGAGUAUUUUAUUAAAAAUUCAUUGAAGAGUAAGGGUGUUGUACAUAAAGGUCCAUCUUCGGAUCGCUUCUAUGUUCAGCCUAAAGAGAAAAAUCAGGUAAAAGCUGGCAGUGGUGCAAAUCAGAAUUGGAUUAAGACUAGCAUUGGCGCCAAUCAGAAUGAAAUGAAGACCAGCACUGGUAUAGAUCAGAAACAAAUGAAGACUGGUAUUGGUGCUCAGUCAAACUCUAAUAAAUCAGUCAAGUAUGAUUCCAAAACUGCAAACUUUCCGUUUCACAGCGAUGCUUCUGUGCCUAAGUCUAGCAUGACUGAAUGUGACGGCGUAACAUUGAGAGAAUGGUUAAAAUCUGGCCAGCGCAAAGGAGGAAAAGUGGAAAGUUUUACUAUAUUUAGAAAGAUAGUGGAUUUGGUGGAUGACUCUCACUCUCGGGGAAUUGCAUUGCAUAACCUUUGUCCAUCUUACAUUAAAUUGUUACCAUCAAAUCAGGUCAUGUACAUUGGGUUACCUACUCAAAAACAGACGGCAGACAGUGUUGUAAAUCCUGAAGUUCUUGACUUAGAUAAUUCUUUUAAUAGAAAAAGGGUGUCUGAGCAAGUAACAUCUUCCUCUAUUGAUAUGGAGUCCAAGAAACAAAAAAUUGAUGAGAGUUUGAGGGUUACUGGGAGUGACUUGUGUGUUGAGGCUGCUAGUCAUCAUAAAGUUCAAAUUCCACAAUAUGAGAAAGAUAACCGAUUUUCUCCGUAUAAUUUUGGGAGAAUGUCUAGCAUCCCUUGUGUAUCUAAUACAGGUGAAUUUUCAUCUACAUCUUUAUGUGAAAGAUGGGAAAAUAAGUGGUACGCAAGUCCUGAGGGAGGUUGCACAACAUCAUCAAACAUCUACUGCCUCGGUGUACUCCUUUUUGAGUUACUAGGUCAUUUUGACUCUGAAAAAGCACAUAUUGCAACAAUGUCUGAUCUUCAUCAUAGGAUUCUUCCUCCAGCUUUCCUAUCAGAAAAUCCUAAGGAAGCUGGCUUUUGUCUUUGGCUGCUGCAUCCUGAACCAUCAUCACGUCCAACAACAGGGGAAAUCCUACAAUCCGAAGUGAUUAAUGGAUUACAGGAGUUAUGUAGUGAGGAAUUGUCAUCAUGUAUAGACAAAGAAGAUGCCGAGUCAGAAUUAUUAUUGCAUUUCCUCAUCACAUCGAAAGAACAGAAGCAGAGCGAUGCCUCCAAAUUGGUUGAACAAUUAAAGUGCUUGGAAUCAGAUAUUGAAGAGGCAGAGAGGAGGCAUAGCUCAAGAAAAUCCUUUGUUUCCUCUGGCCUGCAAAACAAUUACUCUUGUCAGAAAGAGAUUAUGCCUCUUAGAAAGGAACUUUUGAGUGUAGACAUGCGGCCCACAGUAUCCCCAAUCUCUAAUACAACGGAAAUGAGAUUAAUGAGAAACAUAGGCCAUCUUGAAAGUGCUUACUUUUCCAUGAGAUCUAAGGUUCAGCUUUCUGAAACAGGUGCCACAGAUCACCCAGAGAAAGAUAUACUAAGAACUCGCGAGAACUGGUGUGGGACACAAAAAGGCGAAGAAAAACAUAAAAGUAAAGAUGCCUUAGGAACCUUCUUUGAUGGGUUGAGCAAAUAUGCACGUUAUAACAGGCUUGAAGUGCGGGGUAUACUCAGAAAUGCAGAUUUUAACAAUCCUGCAAAUGUGAUAUGCUCUCUGAGCUUUGAUCGGGAUGAAGAUUACUUUGCUUCUGCUGGGAUAUCUAAGAAAAUAAAAAUCUUUGACUUCAAUACACUUUGCAAUGAUUCUGUCGAUAUCCAUUAUCCCGCAGUUGAGAUGUCAAACAGAUCAAAGCUCAGCUGUGUUUGCUGGAAUAACUAUAUUAAGAAUUAUCUUGCCUCUACUGACUACGACGGUGUAGUGAAGUUAUGGGAUGCUAGUACAGGUCAAGAAUUUUCUCAGUACAGUGAACAUGAAAAGAGGGCUUGGUCUGUUGACUUCUCUCCAGUAUGUCCUACAAAAUUUGCCAGUGGAAGUGAUGAUUGUACUGUCAAGCUGUGGAGCAUCAGUGAGAGGAACUGUUUAGGCACAAUCCGGAAUGUUGCUAAUGUCUGCUGUGUUCAAUUUUCUGCUCAUUCCUCUCAUUUGCUAGCCUUUGGAUCUGCGAAUUACUCAACUUACUGUUACGAUCUUCGCAAUCUUAGAAGUCCCUGGUGUGUAUUGGUUGGUCACCGUAAAGCUGUAAGCUAUGUCAAAUUCUUAGACUCUGAAACACUUGUUUCUGCAUCUACUGAUAAUUCAUUGAAGAUCUGGGAUCUCAAUAAAACCUCUUCGGUUGGUGCAUCUACAAGUGCUCGUAGCCUAACCCUGGCUGGACAUACUAAUGAGAAGAAUUUUGUGGGGUUGUCUGUUGCUGAUGGGUACAUUGCGUGUGGUUCAGAAUCAAAUGAGGUUUACACCUACUAUAAAACGCUUCCCAUGCCAAUUACUUCACACAAGUUUGGAUCUAUUGAUCCCAUUUCUAGUAAAGAGACUGAUGACGACCAAGGUCAGUUUGUUUCAAGUGUGUGCUGGAGAGGGAAAUCAAACAUGCUUCUUGCAGCCAAUUCAAGUGGAUGUAUAAAAGUGUUGCAGAUGGUUUAA